AUGGGAAGUAUUGGAUCCACCCCCUACACGCACAACAAUGGCCACCUGGACUAUGACGUCCUCAUAAUAGGUGCCGGCCUCAGCGGCAUCUAUACCCUCCACCAAAUGAACACAUUCGGUCUCCGUGCGAAAGUCCUAGAGGCAGCCUCGGGUCCGGGUGGGACCUGGUUCUGGAAUCGAUACCCCGGUGCGAGGUUCGACUCCGAAUCCUACUCCUACGGCUUCUCCUGGUCACAGGAAGUCCUCGACGAAUGGUCCUGGAGCGAGCACUUCGCCGCGCAGCCUGAAACAUUGCGAUACUGCGAGUUCCUAGUUGACAAAUUCAACCUGCGGCCGGGGAUGCAGUUCAAUACGCGGGUUAAAGCAGCGCAUUAUCAAGAGGAUACGAAAUCGUGGCUUCUUACUGACGAGCGGGGCCAGCAGUACUCGAGUCGUUGGCUGGUGACAUGUAUGGGGAUUCUCAACGAGUACACCCUGCCUAAUAUCCCCGGCGUACACGACUUCGCGGGCCAGGCGAUCCACACCGCGCGGUGGCCCCACAGUCCGGUGAGCUUUGAGGGAAAGAGAGUAGGGAUUAUUGGGACGGGUGCGACGGGGAUUCAGACGAUUCAAGAGGUUGCGAAGACAGCGGGACAUUUGACCGUCUUCCAACGGACACCGAAUUGGAGUGCUCCCUUAAACAACGGGCCGAUCACUACCGAAGAGAUGGAAGAGAUCCGGAAACAGUACCCCGAGAUCUUUAAAAAGUGUAAGGAGUCUUACUCAUGUUUCAUCCACAAGAGCAACCCGGCCAGUGUGUUUUCGGUCUCCGAGGAAGAGCGCGAACGGUUCUGGAAUGAGCUAUAUGAGACGCGCGGAUUCCAGAAGUGGUUGUCGAAUUAUUAUGAUAUCGGUACUGAUAAGAGGGCGAAUGCGUUGUAUUCGGAAUUUAUUGCGAAUAAGAUUCGCGAGAGGGUGAAGGAUCCUAAGACGGCGGAGUUGCUUAUUCCGAAAUGCCAUGGCUUCGGCACAAAACGUGUCCCUCUUGAAUCCGGGUACUUCGAGUCCUUCAACCGGCCCAAUGUCUCUCUUGUCGACGUGAAAUCCGACCCCAUUGAGCGAAUUACAGCCUCCGGUAUCAAGACCCGCGAUAAUGCCUACGACCUCGACAUCCUGAUCUACGCAACGGGUUUUGAUGCCGUAACUGGUGCAUUCGCAGCGAUCGAUUUCCAGGGGGUGGGUGGAGUGAAAUUGAGCAAGCGAUGGAGCGAGGGGCCUCGGACGUUCCUGGGGUUGUUCGUCGAGUCGUUUCCAAAUAUGCUUAUGGUUAUGGGGCCGCAUCAGAUGUUUGGGAAUUUUCCGAGGAGUAUUGAGUAUGCUAGUCACUGGGUGGCUGAGUUCAUCCGGUGGGCGAGCGAGCAGGGCGUAUCAUCAGCGGAAUGCACAAGAGAAAAGGUGGAGGAGUGGACGGAGCAUGUGCAUGCCUGCGCUGAGGGCCUCCUUGCAAACGAGGUUGACUCGUGGAUGACGGGGGUCAACAAGAAUUUGGCGCACAAGCAGAAGCGUAUUAUUGCGAGGUAUAAUGGGCCUGCGCCGGGCUAUAGAGCUCGCGCGGAUGAUGUUGCGGCACGUGGCUUCGAGGACUUGGUCAUCACAUAG